UGCUUCUUCAUAACUAUGUGGGCUACAGCAGCUAGAAGGACUGUGGGCAAAGCCCCUUUCUUACUUUUCAGGGAUGGGCAGCUGAACUUCAUUUCCUUCCCCCGCCAUGAGGAGGAGUAUCUCCAGUUGACAGUGAACUGGCACCCCUGUCUUCUAAUCCUUGGUCAGAACUGUAACGCCAAAUGCCAACUGCUCAACAUGCUGUUGGGUGAGAAGCUGCUCCCCACCACCAAAAUCAGCAGCGAGGAGAAUUGUAAGAGGCGGCGAAUCCGCUUCACGCAUGGGACACAAACGCGGAUUAGCCUGGCUCUGCCAGGGCAGUACGAACUGGUUCAUAUGUUGGCAGCCCAUCAAGGGCAGUGGGACACGAUACCAGAGGAGGAUUUGGAAAUCCAUGGGGACAGUGAGGAUCCAGCACAUCGAAUAGCAGAGCUGGAGGUGACGCUGCCUUACUCGCUGCUAAAGGAAGUGGAUAUCGUGGUGGCCCCGUGCCGGGGGUUCCAGUCUGCCGAGGUCACUUUGGGAGAGUAUGUGAACCAUGUUUUGCCUGUUAUCACCUUUGCCAUCAGUGAGGCUGAACUUUCAGCAUCGGAUGAAAAUGAAUUGCGGGAAAUCAAGGAAAAAUACGCUCUACCUGUUUUCUUUUUCAAAGUGCCAGAGUUGGGUGCUGAGCUCAUCUCGCCCAAAAAGGUUGAGAAUGAGAAGUCCUCCCUCUACUGCCAGCUAAUGGACCUUGAAUACCUGAGUAUCAACCACUGCAGCUGUGGAGCACCCACUUCUGAAGCCAAAGCCCAGAGCAUGCUGGUAGAACAGUCUGAGAAGCUGCGUCUCCUGAGUGUUUUCUCCAGGCAGGUGCUGCAAAAACAUCUGGUAGAUGCAGCCACCCUCCUGAACCUGGUGCACAGCCGUUGCCUGGACAUCUUCAUCAAUCAGGCUUUUGAUAUGCAACGAGACCUGCAAAUCACUCCAAAGAGGUUGGAGUACACUCGCAAGAAGGAGAACGAGCUAUUUGAGUCCCUAAUGAGCAUUGCCAACCGCAAGCAAGAGGAGAUGAAGGAUAUGAUCAUAGAAACUCUAAACAACAUGAAAGAAGAGCUCCUUGAAGAUGCUGCUAAUAUGGAGUUCAAAGACAUUAUAAUUCCUGAGAACGGGGAGCCUGUUAGUUCCAAGGACAUUAAAUGCUGUAUUAAACAAAUCCAAGAAUUGAUCAUUUCCCGGCUAAACCAAGAGGUUGCCAACAAACUGAUAAGCUCUGUAGACUACUUGCGUGAAAGCUUUGUAGGGACUCUGGAGAGAUGUCUGAGGAGCCUGGAGAAGUCUCAGGAUGUUUCGGUUCAUAUCACAAGCAAUUAUCUCAAACAGAUCCUAAAUGCAGCCUAUCAUGUUGAAGUCACUUUUCACUCUGGCUCAACAGUUACCAGGAUGCUGUGGGAACAGAUCAAACAGAUUAUUCAGCGGAUUACAUGGGUGAGCCCACCUGCCAUCACCACAGAGUGGAAGAGGAAAAUAGCUCAAGAUGCUAUUGAGAGUCUCAGUGCUUCCAAGCUGGCCAAGAGUAUCUGCAGUCAAUUUCGGACCAGGCUAAACAGCUCUCACGAAGCUUUUGCAGCCUCUUUGCGCCAGCUAGAGGCUGGCCAUUCAGGCAGACUGGAGAAAACAGAAGAUCUUUGGUUGAAGGUGCGGAAAGACCAUGCCCCAAGACUAGCACGCCUCUCGCUCGAGAGCAGGUCCCUGCAGGAUGUGUUAUUACAUGGCAAACCAAAGCUCGGCCGCGAGCUGGGCCGAGGGCAGUAUGGAGUGGUGUAUUUGUGUGAUACCUGGGGGGGGCAUUUCCCCUGUGCACUCAAAUCGGUUGUCCCUCCAGAUGAGAAGCACUGGAAUGAUCUUGCACUUGAGUUUCACUAUAUGAGGUCUCUACCAAAGCAUGAGCGGCUGGUAGACCUCCAUGGAUCUGUGAUAGAUUAUGGCUAUGGGGGAGGCUCCAGCAUUGCUGUCCUCCUGAUAAUGGAGCGGUUGCACAGAGACCUGUAUACAGGACUAAAGGCUGGCUUAGAGUUAGAGCCACGACUGCAGAUUGCCCUGGAUGUAGUCGAAGGGAUCCGGUUUCUUCAUAGGCAGGGGCUUGUUCAUCGGGACAUCAAACUGAAAAAUGUAUUGCUUGACAAAAAGAACCGGGCCAAAAUCACAGACCUAGGAUUCUGCAAGCCUGAAGCCAUGAUGUCCGGCAGUAUUGUGGGGACACCCAUCCAUAUGGCCCCUGAGCUCUUCACAGGGAAAUAUGAUAACUCGGUGGAUGUUUAUGCAUUUGGUAUUCUGUUUUGGUACCUCUGUUCGGGACAUGUGAAAUUACCUGAGGCCUUUGAGAGGUGUGCGAGCAAAGAUCAUCUUUGGAACAAUGUUAAAAGAGGAGUACGCCCAGAGCGCCUCCCUGUAUUUGAUGAGGAAUGCUGGCAGCUGAUGGAAGCUUGCUGGGAUGGAGACCCUUCCCAGCGUCCUCUCCUGGGCAUUGUCCAGCCUAUGCUGCAGAGGAUCAUGGACAGACUCUGCAAAUCCAACUCGGAGCAGUCUAACAAAGGGCUGGAUGAUUCUACUUGAAGGAAUCCUGAGAGAGCUGUUUUAUUAUGGGAGGACUCUGACCCUUACUUGCAGGUGGCUUCUUAAGAAGUAGCUCUUUCUGGGUAACAGGAGUUGGGUGGGAGAUGUCCACCAAAAGACUGCUCUCAAAGGUGAGAGACUUCUGGACAUGCCAUUUUGGGUGGUAGCCAGACAAAUUCCACUCUAGUACACACUAUUAAUGCAAGUUACCCUGCUCUCACCCCCACUUUUAUUUCAAAGAUGAGUGAGUAAAUAAAUAAAAGAUGGAGAACGUAAGCCUCUUGGACUGAAAGGGAUCUCUGCUAAUCCCCUCAAGACUGAAAAGAGAAGCAUCUCGGGCUUCAGGUAGCAGCUGGAUUGCAAGGAACUGCGGUUCUUACUUGGUGGUAGCAGAUUUAAACAAUUUCCAUCUCUUUCCUCCCCUGUAUGCUGCUAGCUGUGGUUGGCCUUUAGUCUCUCUACCAGCUUCCCUCAUCUAUGGAGUUUGGAUGUAUGGGGCAGGGAUUAACUACCUUGUUGGGGGAGAGGGAUUAUAACAGAUGAGGAGGAGUGUCUCUGUAUUAGCUUCUAACACUUGGCAUGUUUACAUUUGACAGGAUCCAAGAAUCCAUAUCUACCUAAUGGGGGAGUUUCCACUGUUACAGCAGUGAAAAUACCCCGAGUCAUAAGCUAUUUGACAAGUUCCACUCCCCUCCUUUUCUUUGUUUUGCCGUUACCCCAAAACUUCUUUUUGUAAACUGAAUUCUUGCUUAUGGUAACUUUUGCUUAAUAGUGGUUCUUGAAGUCUCUGAAAGGGCCUUGGUUUCUUCUACAGUCUUUUGGCAAGACAGCUGAGAUCAUUCAGAAAAAUUGCACAUGGUAUUCUAGAAACACGAAAAGGUCAUUAGUAACUGAUGACUGCUAUCCAAACCCACUGGGAAAAUACCAGUUUGUGGCUUUUAACUAAAAUGCUUCCCUUUGCUUUGAACCAAGUGUAAAGGCAACAACAGUUUUAAAUUCUGCUAUACUAUUGAGAGACGUUUUAAAUAAGGUUUCUUCAACCUUUUAAGUCCAUUAGCUUGGUGAAAGAGUAUCCAAGGGAAAACGGGUCUGUUGUUCUUCAGUGACUGCUCCUGGGUGGUUGUCAGUUCCUCUAUCUCUUCACUUUGGGAUUUGCAAUUUGGCGGCGAUUCAGCUGUUUUAGGGGCCUCAUUCAGGGAGAGGGUGGCAUAGGACAGGCCUCCUCCCCACUGAAAUGAAGGUUUCUUCCUGAAAGCACACAUGCACACACCUUUGCCACAAGGAUUCAUUUGCAUUUCUUGGGCAAGUUUUGGUCUUUAAUUUUGAAGUAGCUAUGAGGGAGGGGGCUAAAUUGGAGAGUGCACCUUGGUAUAAUAUGUGAGGAAGCUGAGUAGUUGGUAGUUUGUCCCUGGACACAUCUGCACCCUCCCAUUGCAAGGGCUGGGAAUGCAGUAGCUUCAUAGGAAAGUUAGCAUGCCUUGUGUAAAAUCAUGCAGGCAUGUGAAAUUAUUACACCUUGCUGCUGGAAUUUUACUGGGUGGUACAAAGCAAAACCUACAGCCAAUAACCUGUUGCCGGUUAAACAGCUUGAACAAAGUAAAGGGAUAGAUAAUCCUGCAGUGGUACUCAACAGCCUAGUUUAACCCUUUUUCUGUGUGCAAUAAAACUGAAAUAAUGCUUUUAAACAAAAAAGACUGCUUUUGACUUAACUACACACAGUGGGCAUUCUCUGGCCUGUGGUGGCAUAAAAGCUGGAUGGCUCCAUACAGAUUGCAGCUUCUACAGUAACUUGAACUGAAAUGGGUGGCAACUGCAAACCACAUACAUAAAGAGAACCAAUCUUUCUCAAAAUAGGAAUAUUGCUAGAAACUUCUGUUGCUUUGGUGCAUAUUUAUGCCACCGGUGACUUUAGCAGUAUUAGUUGGAUAUCUGUUUACUGUGUGCUCAGGUGACUAGUAACCUUAUUUUCAAACUGGGAGAGUUUUUCCAGGUCAGUCUCUUGCAGCUAUAGAAGUAGUUUGUGCUUAAAAAAAAUAAAAAUAAAAUGUAAAUGUCUUGUAUAGCUUCCCCCAUGUGGCCACUUCAUGAAUCUUACCUUGUGCCUUUUUAAUGCAGGCUCCCAUCUCUUUCGGAGUCUCAAUUCCCUAAAAUUUUUCCUAUAUUCACAACACAUAAGCCAACACUUGCCUUCCCCCUCCCACAUUUUAGUAUAGCCACUUCCUUGUUGGUUGCAUAAUUUGUCCACAUCCUGACUUUUUUUUUUUUUAUUUUUUCUUUGUUUGUUUCAUAGCAGAUAUCCAUGUGUGUGAAUCCAAAUAAUGGUACCUUUUUUCAUUAGAGCAAAGUAAAACCAAGUUGCAUGGAUAAUCUCAUUAAAAGCUCUGCUAGGUAAUUGUGUAACCAAAGCCACUUGUAUUGUUUGAGUUCAAUUCCAGCAGGCUGAAAGGCAGAGUAGCUGUUAAUUUUGUGUAAUUUUGACAAUUUAACAUGGGUAGGUGCUUUUAUUUCUACCCAUAUGAAGCCACCUUUUAUAGCCUCAGAAUGAGCAGAUGUUAAAUGUACUGUAUCUUGGACACUAGAUUGUAAAAUGUACUUGCGAACUGUAACUUAACAGGUACUCUGGCUCUUGUAUGUGGGCCCAAAUCAGUGAUGAGUGCCAGGGUCAGUGUCAUUCCAUCUUUUUUUAUCCUCCCCACCCUCCCUCCCUCCCUCCCCCCUCCCAUUUUAUAAAAGAAAACCAACAAAAGAUGGCUCAAUUGCUCAUUAAUCCUAGGGUGCCUUUUUUUAUGUGCACAUUGCAAAAUUCUCUUGGUGCAAAAUCCAAAUGAUUGGAAACCAAUCCAUUCUACCUACUCGCUUUCAUAUCUGGCCCUUCUAAAGACCACAGGUGGAGAUUUAAGCCUCAGAGGAUUUAAAUGUCUGCUAAAAUGCCCUGAGGCUACCCUGAGCUGUAACGGGUGCUCCAGUAUAAGCUGUUUUUUUUUUAGUCAGUAAGGUGGAAGCCCGUGAUGCAUAGGAUACAACUUGUUUACUGAGCAGACAUAGCUGCAAAGAUAAAACUUUGCAUUUGGAAGGUGCUAGGACAUGGGUCAGCCUAGUUAAGCUACAAGGCAGCUCUUCAGCUGUUGCUCUCUUCUGGAAUGUCUUUGGCCAGAUGCUCCAAACACUACAUGUGGUGGGAUGAACUGGAAGAAAAUACUUUCAAUGCUGUGGAAGAUUGGAUCAUAGCUGUCCUGGAGAACUUCUGCUUUGGCUCUUUGCUGACUGGCGGCUGCUGCUGCUGCUUACUGUGCAUUGCUGGCAAUUGAAUCUUUAUAUCCUGAAGGGCUCUUUUAAGGGGUGGCUGCUGCUGGGUUGGGAUAGGGUAUUUUACUUGAACCUAAUUCUGAAGAUUUAAAGUGGACAGCUUGCAAGAACUUUAUAGCUAAAAUGCAAGCUGUUCCAUAUCCUUCACUCACUUUGAUUGGUGUUGCUAUCCUCUUCCUCUUGAAGGCAAGAGAUGUGUUUAUACGACUGUAGUUUAUGUAUGGAGACAAGUUCUCUCCUGGAGAAGGGAAGAGCAACCCCUUGCUAUUCCUCCCAGAAGGAGUAACUGUUCUUAGCCAUGUUUUCCUCUUACAUUUUGUUUUUCAUGUUGUGUUCUUGGGACUUGCUGAUCUUGGAUGUAGAACCUCUAGAAGUAACUCUUGUCUUCAAGACACUAACCUGUCCUCUCCAGGAAAAAAAAAUAGGAGCCCAUCAGCGUUAAACACCCUCAGGGGGCUUAAAAUAGCACUACUGUUUCUUGAAAGCUUUUUAACUUCCUGUCCUCUUCAUUUGGGCGUCCUCUUGAGCAAAGAUUGUUCAAUGGUGAAAACUUAUAUAAUUUUGGGUCAGGGGAGCAAGUGAGAAAUUGGUACUGUACAGAUCCAUUGUAAUGCCCUUAUACUUUUGUAUUUUCCUUUUUAUUUUAAAGGACUGAUGUAUAUUACAGUGUUAAAACAUAACAAACUUACCAAGUGUAUAGGAAAAAGUGCAAUAACCAGGAGAAAUGAAAUAAUGAGCAAAUUUAAAUGUUUCCAUGGUAUUAUAACUUUUUUUUUUUUCUGUAGUACUAACUAACUUCCUUUCUGUACCAGGGCCACAUGUAUUUUAAGAGACGCGACUGUGGGUUAAGACUUAAUGUAGUGCCAUUUAUGACUUGUCUGUUUUAUAGGUAUGAUAUUGUCUAGAAUGUGCAGAAUGUCGUGCUUUUAUUAUAAAGAUGACAUUAACGUUUUA